AUGGACAUUCCCAUUCCCAUAGGGAUCCCUCUGCAUCCAAGGGGGCAGAACUUGGGGGGCAGCCCCACAAGUUGGAACACAGUGGACACUGUGGGUGCAGACCAUGUCAUCCGUUGCCCUCAUCAGCCUCUGUCCCUUCCUCCUCCUCCUCCUCCUCCCAUUGGACUCCUGCAGCCCAGAGCACCAGAGGCUCCUGCAGCUGCUGCUGAGCUUUGCUGCUGGGGGACUGCUGGGGAUGCGUUCCUGCACCUCAUCCCCCAUGCGCUGGCCCCACAUGGACCUGGGGGUCACGGCCACUCACACCAUGGCCAUGGCCAUGGGGACGUCCUGGCUGUGGGAAUAUGGGUCCUGGCUGGGAUUGUGGCAUUCCUGGUGCUGGAGACUGGAGUGAGACACAUCAAGGGGGGACAGCAUGGACAUGGACAUGGGCAUGGGUCCAAGGCCAAGAGCAGCUCCAGUGAGGAUGAGGGGGGAGACACCAGCGCCCCCAGCGGCCAGCGGGGGAACAGGCGCACGGAGAGCAGCGGCCUGGCUGUAUCCGGGUACCUGAACCUGGUGGCAGACGUGACCCACAACUUCACUGAUGGCCUGGCCAUAGGGGCCUCGUUCAUGGCAGGCUCUGGACUGGGACCAGUGACUGCACUGACUGUUCUGCUGCAUGAGCUGCCCCAUGAGCUGGGGGAUGUGGUGAUGCUGCUGCGGGCUGGAUGCUCCAGGGGGCAGGCCCUCCGUCUGCAGCUGCUGACAGCGCUGGGUGCUGUGGGGGGGGCAGGAGUGUCCCUGCUGGUGGGUGGGGGAUGGGACCAGGGGCUGCUCCCGUUCACUGCCGGAGGCUUCAUCUAUGUCAGCACCGUUGGGGUCAUCCCAGAGCUGCUGCGGGGGGGGGGGGGGGGGGCAAUGGGGCAGGUCCUGGCCCUCGUGGGGGGGGUGGCGCUCAUGGGGGGGAUUGCUUUGUAUGAAUAG